UUGUUUGUAGUAGUGGCACGUGUGGAAGCUCGAAUCACGUGAUCUCGUCACGAAAAAAUAACCUCCAAAUUACAGUAAUGUUGAUUGUAGUUAUUGUAUGUUUGUAAAAAAAAAACACAUUUAUUUAUCGUACUUUCUGUUGUCUAAAUUAUUCAGCUCUUUACAUGAACCCUUACCUCAAUCCCAAGCUUUUCAAGUAGGUACAAAAAUGCAAAAUUGAUAGGUGAAUAAAGAAUGGCAUUUUCCACACCUACUAAUGCGAGAGAGUUGACAAACCGGAAGAUAAUUGAGGACCUCCAGCUGCAGAAGAAGCAGAUGCUGUUGAAGCAGGGUGUUGUCACUAAUUCAAGCUCAACACCUGUCACACCAGCUUUGCAGGUCGGGAGUUUGGGAAAUAUUGCACCCAAUUCGCCAGAUGCGCACUCAGCUAUGUCCUCAGCACAGCGCACCGCGCUGAUGCAUGCCAACACUCAGUCAUUCGGCUUCUUCGUGCCUCAAGACUCGCUGUUCGGCAACGCUAUUCUGCCCGUGCUGCCUCGUUUCGACAAUAACAAGUCCUGAAUAAUUGUGUAAACAAGGUCUGAAUAAUUGUGUAAACAAGGUCUGAAUAAUUGUGUGAACAAGGUCUGAAUAAUUCUGUGAAGAAGACCUGAAUAAUUGUGUGAACAAGACCUGAAUAAUUGUGUGAACAAGGCCUGAAUAAUUCUGCUCGUGGAGCCUCAUUUCGACAAUAACAAGGCCUGAAUAAUAGUCGCCAACUGUUUGCUUUCGUUGAUUGGAUCUGUAGCUGGCAUGGCGUGCAUGAAACUGAAGCAUCUGGAACAGCAGCUGCAGCAGGUGGAUGCAUUCGAUGCACUGAAAGUGCAUCUGGAGCAGUACACGACGCCGCCGCACAUUGCAGCCUGCAUCCUGCACUCGGUGCAGUCGCAGUAUGGCGACAUCGAAGGCAAGAUGGUGGCUGACCUCGGAUGUGGCGCCGGGGUGCUUAGUGUGGGCGCCGCCAUCUUGGGCAGUGGCUACUGUGUGGGUUUCGACAUAGACGCGGACGCGCUGGACGUGUACCGACGCAACCUGGACGACUUCGAGAUCGGCAACUACGACGCGGUGCAGUGCGACGUGACGGCCGGUAUCCCGGACCGCUUCCAUUCCUGCUUCGACACGGUUGUCACAAAUCCGCCGUUUGGCACCCGGCAGAAAGGCGCCGAUGUCCGGUUCGUGACCGCCGGUCUGCAGUUGGCGAGCACGGCGCUCUACUCGCUGCACAAAACCUCGACCCGAGCUCAUAUCGUGAGUUUGGCCAGGAACAUGCCCGGGGUUAGUGUGAAGGUGGUCGCGGAACUCAGGUACAAUCUGCCGGCGACCUACAAGUUCCACAAGAACGAUAGUGUGGAUAUCAGAGUGGAUCUGGUACGGUUCUCCUACGAUUGAAUGAACUUUUAUAUAAUUAAAGACUUACUCAGACAUUAAAGUUAGUGUUUUCAGCUGAAAUUUGUGAACUGGAAUACUGUUUUUAGUUUAUAUUAUAUCUUGUACUGCUGAUUUUGGCUGAAAGUGGGACAAGUUUCAUAAGAAUGACAAUCUUCUAAACUUGAUUUGGUACUGUUUCUUACGAAUAUAUGUUAAUUGUGAACUCAUUAAACUUUCCAAGAUCGUAAUACUUUUCUUAGAUGAAAUUUGAAGAUUAUUGUACUGUUUCUAGCGGAAAGUGGAGCAGAUUUCAUAAUAAUGACAAUGUUUUAAAGUUGAUCUUGUGCGGUUUUUGUAUGAGUGAAUGUUAAUGAUCGAUUUUAGAACAUCAAGGACUUACUAAACACUGAGGGCCAGUUUCCGAGCUCGGAAUUUGUAAGUUCUAGAUUUUACCCGGCUUUAAACUCUGUAGUCAGGAAAUUGGCUGUCCGAGUUAGUGUGUUUACGUAGUCGGGGACUUAUUUAUUUAUUUUCAAAGGCAACUCUUCACGAAUAACUAGACUCUUGAGUUUAGAAAUCACGUUAGACUCGGCAGUUUAUAAUUUCGCUUUCCGAGUAAAGUACUUAUAAGUGCAGGAAUUGAAUUAGAUUCUCGCCUCUUACCGAGCCAAUGAUUUAUCAAAAAUCGUUAAGUUUAGAACUCAAAACAGCGCGAUUAUAGAUCCUCACCGAGGGUAGGAUUUAAAAUUAAGUUCUAUACUUAACUGGGCAAACACAACCUCACGUAACCCCCCACAAGCUUAUCACAAAAUGGAAGAUGGUAUUAAUCGCACUAAGGUUUUCUGCUGAAGGGACACUUCAUUGGGAAAUUGGUGAUUUUCUCAUUGUAUCAGAGGCCAAUGCUUGCAAAUUUAUCCACAAAGAGACACUACAUAAUUUGUGCUUUCAAAUGCAAUUGUAAUAAAAAAAUUUAUUGCUUGAAUAAAACAUUAUUAUUACUGAGGGAAGAAUAUAUAAAUUGCCUUCAGGAGACUUUGCAAGUAAAACGAAGCAGAAAUUUUUCAUGAAAUGUGGGUUUUCUGGAGUAGACGAAACCAAUAUACCGAUACCAAUUAUAUGUCCGUCAACUCCGGAUAGUAAAGAGUACGGGAAUAUAAAAGAUUACUUCUCUAUUAAUGUUAUGGGAGCUUUUGGUGCUGACUUGGAAUUCACCAAUAUUACAGCAAGGUGAAAAGGCAUCACUCAUGUCUCCCGUAUUUUCGAAAACUCAGCGCUGUGUGCAAAGUUUGAAGUUGUAGACAUAGCUUGGCGACAGUGGCUAUGAGUGCAAGAGGUAAGAGAUUUGUUUUUAUUUGAUUGAUAUUGAUUUGUAAUUUAUUAUAUUGCAUUGAUUUUUAUUGUAGUGAACCUUUGAAGUUUGUUUCCGUUGAAAGUGAAAUAGUUACAAAGAUUUUAUAAAAGUGACAGUGUUGAUAAUAAUUAUCAAAGUUGAUUUCAUUUGCUUUUUUCAAUUGAAUGUCUUUUAUGAACUGAACAUUUCAUGAAAUGUUUGUAGAAAUUUUCAAGUACCGUACAUUGUUUAAAAAAAAAUUAACACAAUAAUAGACAUUAGUAUAGAAGUAUAGAUGAUUUAUUGUUGAAUUUAAUUAUGACUUCCAGUAUAAGUAACAUAAGGCUUUUUGGUUCCUAUCAUUUUUUGUCUGUAUUCUAAAAAUUUAUAAAAAAAUUUCAAUAACA